AUGGAUCCUGCGUCUUCGCUCUUGCUGGAAGCUUCCUCUGGUACAGAUGAGGCUCCGAUGGAGGAGCAUGGAGGAGAUGCGGUUGACGAGCUUUUUGCUCAGGCACUGGGAUCCACGCUUGCUGCGGGAGGUGGGGGACUUGGUGCUGAGGAGGGCAACAAUGGUUUAUCUGGUGGUGGCAGCGGUGCAAGCAAUGUUGCAAAUCCUGCGACUACCGGGCAAAACAAUGGUGGGUCUGGUACAGUUUCUGGGCCUACAAUAUCAUCGUCUCAGGUGGAUGGGAAUGGUGAUACCCCUACGACAGUUGCUCCUGGUACAACAGCUGGUGCAGUGAUUUCCACAGGUUUAGGUGAUGGGCCCUCAACAGUUCCUGAUACAGCGGUUGCACAAUCGGUCAGUGGUCCUGGUCCAUCAGCUAGUGGAAGUGUACUGCAGGGGCAAGAGGGUAUCGGGGCAGCUACAAGAGCAAGCACAGAGGUUUUUCAGUUUCAGCAAAGUGCCGGGCCAUCAACAGUUCCUGGUACAGCGGUGGCACAAUCGGUCAGUGGCCCUGGUCCAUCAGCCCAUAUUGGUUUUACCAGCGUGCCGUUUCCUGGAGGUCAUUUUGACAGUGGAACAGGCGAGCAAUACUUGACUGGGCAGAUGACACAAUGGACUCCAAAUAAUGCUGCAGUGCAAGGCAACAAUCCUGGACUGGCGUUUAACACCUACGAGCAGAUCCGAGCCUUGGGACAGCCGCUACAUCGAGCUGAACCAGCCCCUGCACAAACAGAUUGGAUGGGCCCGAUGAGACAGAUGCUGGGAGAUUUGCUGCAACCUUUAACUUCGAGGUUGGAUGUGUUGGAGCAGGAUAGACAAUCUUCUCAGUCGUCGGCAUUGGGAGCAGUGGAUCAAGCGGCUUUGGCAAGAAUGUUUGCUGGUUUAAAUCUGGAAAGACAGGACUCUGCGGGUUCCCAGGCCCAGGCUGCUUUGGGGGAUCUCCAACCUAGGUCGUCCGAUUCGAUGCGGUCGGCUAGGUCUCAUCCUUCGCAGGAGCUGGGUGAACAGGAGACUGGAACUCGUACACCGGUCGUGGUGACAGAAGGACCGGAGCAGUACACGAUUGCCACGCCUCCUGGUUUGGGACAGCCUGCAAGUGUGGCCAAUGUUUCUUUGGAUGAAAGGGAUCGUGAGUUGGUAGCGUUGCGAGUUCAAGUACAACAGCUACAGAUGCAGUUGCAACAGGUUCUGGCCAGAGAAGCUGCGAGGGCUGGAGAGACUGCUCCUUCAGCGGAAGCAACGCCUCCUCCACCACCGCCACUCCCCAGUAGCCAUCAUACACCUGGUGGCACACGUGUUCCUUCGGGGCCUUCAAUGGCUACACCCAAAGUUCCUGGGGUAACAGCUGGCGUGGAUACAUCGUGGCAGGCCAUGGGACCGGCAGUUUGGGAGGUGGUACCGCCACCCCCACCACUACCUCCGGAGAUGAGGACGAGACCAAGGGCCUUAAUAUCUGAGGAUUCAGCGGCCUUGAUGCCUUCGGAGGAGACCGCCAGAAGUAUUCAGGAUCUGCCUAAGCUGGAGAUCUCCAAGGGCAACACCGAGGAUGCUGGAAUGAUUCUUGGAGACUGGCUGACGGUGGUCAAACCGAUGAUGGCGGGAAUUUCAGCCACGGCGGCAGAGUGGUGGGACCAGGUUACAGGCACGGCCUAUAACUAUUACGAUGACUGGCUGGCCGCCUCGCCGCUGAAGAGGUUGGAGCUCCGAGACAAGGUGAUGGGGCUGACGGCACUGUUUGAGCACUCCAGGUGGUCACGAACUGAACAACGAGGUGCGGUGCUCAUGCUGGCGGCGUUACCUGCAGAUGUUAAGGAGGAAAUGGUAACCAUCCGAGCGGUGCAAACCAUUCCUAUGCUGUUUCGGUUGCUGACCAAGUAUCAACCGGGAGGAGCAGGGGAGAAGCAGGCUUUGCUACGAACGUUAACUGCUCCAGCUGCGGUGAACACGGCGACGGACGGCAUCGCUGGAAUCAGAAAGUGGUCCCGAGCCCUUACCAGAGCUCAGGAGCUGAAACUGGCACUCCCAGACCCAACACUGCUGGUUAAAGCACUGGACCAGAUUACAGCUGCGGUGAUCGCGGGGCAAAGCUUAUUCCGGCUGUCAACUUUUCGGUUGGAAAACAAGAUUGACUAUGCCCCUACCUUGUCCUCUGCCAAGUCCUUAGCGCAGAUGUUGUUGGCGGAACUGGAAAUGGUUACUGGCUCCGAACUUGGAGGACGAAGACCUAAGGCAGUUUUUCUUCAGGAGGCAUCCGAGCUCAUCAAGACGAUGAGAUUGGCGGCGUUGCGAGGUGAAACGGAUGGCUGGGGAUUGCUGGAUGGUGGAGCUACGGCCUGCCUCACAAAGGCAAAGUCCAAUCGGGAGUUCCAACGUGCUGCCCCGAUUACAGUGGCCCUGGCUACCGGCUCGACACAGCUCCGGAUUAACGAUGCUGGCACGCUGUUGACCAACGACCCCUCCACGAGUCCCAUUGUGGCCAUGCACGAGCUGAUCCAGCUGGGUACAGGAGUGACUUGGGAUCAAGGUGGUAUCUGCAUCAAGGUCCCGAAGUUUGGCCAGCUUCCAGUACGAUUGGCUACAGGAUGCCCAGAAGUUCCAGAAGCACUGGCCUUAAAGCUCAUUGAAGAUAUUGAGCAGAAGAAGCGGGACAAGAUGGCCUUCGUGAAGGAGCUGCGAAUCCAGAAGGAAGAUGGAGGUGGCCUGGAGCAAGAAGGGACUAUGGUGUUUGAGGAUCCCGUAGCCAUGAAGCGCUGGUUGCAAGAUCAGUUUUUGCAUCUGCCAGAGGGGGUCAUCAAUGCCCUAACCGUUCCCGCCUAUGCCAAAGGAAAUGACUGCUUGCCUUGGAGCCGGAGGACAAGGAAGGCCAUGAUGGCUUCGAAGUUCAUCGUACUGAACCUGUUUGCUGGCAAAACCCGGGGCUUCUUUCAGCACUAUCUGGAUGGCAAGGGUAUGGAUGGGUGUUACGUUAUCGACGUGGACCUGCCUGAAAACCUACUGUGCGACCAAAUGUAUGGGUUUUUGUUGGAGUUGGCCCGAAGUGGCCAUGUCAAAAUGGUGAUGGGCGGACCUCCAGACAAGACGUUUGAGGCACCCAAGCAAUGGAGGGGGAAUGAUCCUCAAGACCGACUUGGCAGAUCUGAGCUCGGUCCUCGCGACCUGCGGGCUGUGGAAAAGGAGAAUGUCCUGAUCCUGAGGCAGUUGGUGCUGUAUAUGGUCGCAGAGGAAGCAAGGAGGCUUCACAACAACAGCCAGGCGGUGGGUCUGGUGUUGGAACACAAGGCGCCAAACAAUGGAGAAAACACCGAAGCUUCGAAACCGGAAAUCUGGAAUUGGCCAGAAGUACAACAUUGUCAAGCGAAGUACAAGUUGGAAAAACUGGAAGUCGACUUUGGCGAUUUGGGUCACCGGACCACGAAACAGCAAGGACUGCUGGUAUCGCACAAGUUGUACUUCGAUGAGUUCACGAUUAGCGCCGAUCUGAGUGGUCCCUACACGGUGGGCUUGGAUGAGUAUGGUCGGGUGAAGUACAUGUGCACGAUGGUUUACACCAUUCCGGUCUUUGCAAAUUUGGAGCCGGAACCAAUGGUGGAAAUUCCUGAAGGAGGUGGUCAAGCUGAAAAGCCCAGAUCUUCAGAGGCAGUCAAUGAGGCCGCAUCCUUGCUGGACGAUGACGGGUUGGUGGGUGUUGACACCACAUCGCUGUUGGGCGAGGACACACCGGAUUAUGAGCCGGAUUUGGAUGAUGAGCGGUGUUCCCAACUGGAUGAACCACUACUACCUCAGGCAAAGGAUGAGGAAGCCGUCGUCCUAAGGGAUUAUGGGCUGGACUGCGAGGAGGACUGGAAUGAUGAGGUGGAUCCCGGUGAAUGGGAGUGCAACGAGGAGGUCCUGGAGGAGGAAUUGCCCAAGGAGAACCUCACGGACUUUCAGAAGCGCCUCGUGCAGGAACAAGCUGAAGCCUGGAAACAAUAUCUGGUCAAGGCUCGCAAACAAGCGGACUCGGUGGCUCCUCAAGACUUGAAGUUGGACAAGCUACAGAUGGUGGAGCUCACUUUCGCUGAGAGCCUACGAGACAAGACCCCAGCAUCUGUGGUUGGAGCCAUAGGUCGCGUUUACAGCAAGCUGAAAAUGCGGGGAAUGCAUGUGGCCAGGUUUCAUACAGACAAAGGAGGCGAGUUCCUCAAUGCCCCCGUCUGUCGUUGGCUUCAGGAUAGAGGGAUUUAUCAAACCUGUGGGCAGGGCGGAUCCUACAAGCAAAAUGGCCGGGCAGAAGCUGCAGUUGGUAUUUGCAAGAGGGCCACCAGGACGUUGCUGCAUGGUGAAACGUCGGCCAAGCGACUUUGGCCGGGUGCCUGGCGAUGGGUGGCUGAGCGACGCCUUCGCAGGGCCUUGGCCCGACUGGGCAUGCCUGUCAAGCCUUUGGUUCCGUUUGGUACAGUGGUUUGGAUCCGCAAAAGACACUGGCAUAAGGCUGAACAAUGGGAUGAUCGUGUCCACAAAGGCGGGCUAUGUGGUGAAAGUGGAAACGAUUUCUUCACGACAACCACGCUGUUUCAAAAUGUGCAAAUGGCGGAUACUGGUGCAAUUUCGGCCAUGGAUGAGGUGGAAGUGGACGCUGUCCUGAAUGCCAUCCUCGCAGCUGCUUUCCCAAAUGACACCUGGACCUCGUCUACCCUUUCGGUGAACAAUUGGCUGGGGCCGCAUCGUGAUAUCUUCAAUCAACGGGGGACGAGUAAUCUGCUGGUAUGCCUUUCACCCUCCAUUUCUAUCUGGACUGAAGUGGAACCACCCUUCACUGGCCUGGGCUCGGAAGAGUUGGUCUGGAAGGAGGUUCGCCCAGGCCUCUGGAAGCCGGGCCAGAUUCAUCGCCUUCGUUGCGGGGAUUCGAUGAGAUUGGAUCCACGCAAGUGGCAUGCUUCGGAGGACGGUGAAGAAAAGGGCCCACGCGUGCUGGCGGUGGCUUUUUCCUUGGCCGCGCACGCCAGGCCAAGCGUCGCCAAACUUCGCCUGCGACAGCGAGAGGAAGGAGAAGCCGAUGGGCCUGCAAGGCAAGUGGAGCAUACACAAAUUCAAUACACUGUGUUGGAUGCCGCAACUGCGGAUCGGUUGUUUCAGGAGAGAUGGACCCAUGAGCAGGCCAAUGCUCACGACCUGGAUCAACAUCCCUUGCAGCGCUUUGUGGACGACUGGGAAGGUGAGUGGUCCCCAGUGCUCCCACCGGAUGGCAUCCUACCUACGACGGAAACUGUCGAUCAGGCGGCCUCAGCAGCCUACGAGUAUCGCUUCAGGUGGGCAGGUUUGCUACCAGAUCCGGAAAUCGACCCCAAUCAAGUCCUGAGGGACCCAAGUAUUCGAUUGGACCGGGUCAAUCCGCCUGAGGAGGGAAUGCAGAUCGAUCCUGUAAUUCAGAGGCAUUUGGUUGAUGAGGAUGAUCCAGAAUCAAGGAGGCGGGCGCUAACAGAUGAUCGGCCGGAUCUCACCAUGGCGACGAUUAUCAACUACCGCUACAUGUACGACGAUGAAAAUCAGCUGGAAAUUCAUCAGUUUGCCAUGAUGGUAAAUCAUACAGUGGGCUACGAGGAGGCACCUCACUGGCAACCCCUCGACAUCGUCAUUCGGUCCGAGGUCCUCUACGAGCUGCAAGAACCUCAGCAGGCAGAAGAAAACGAGGAGGAGCCUCCAGACGAUGAUGAGGACGUGGAUCAAGGAGACGAUGAAGAUGAUGAUCCACCGGGAGAUGGUCCAGAUGGCCCAGGUGGAGGUGGACGAGGCCGUUCGAGAACGCCGGAAAUCCGGUACGAGGACUAUAGAAAUGUUCGGCCUCGCUAUCAACUUCGUCUAGAACACAGCGAUGCCCUGAAAAUGCUGGAUGCUGCAGAAAGUUUUUUGGUUCCGGAGGAGGCGGGAAUGUUGUAUCAAAGCAAAAACAGCCUUGGAACCGGGGGAGCAGCGACUGGCGUGGUGGGACAUGUUGUGGCCUCUGAGAUACCCAUUGGUUUUGAAGCUGAUGAGCAGAGCGACCUGCUGGAUGGCAUGCAGCUGGGAUUGAAAAGAUUAGGGCUACAUGAACAACAAAAGCUGCAACAAGACCUUUGGGAUCAAUCCAGCUUGGACGAGGAGCCGGACACUUGGACCUUGAAGGAUCAAGUCACGCAGGUACGGGCCAUACACGAGCAAGCAGACCAGGUGGAAGAUGAUCUUCGACUGUUGAAGAGCAUGUCUGUGGAAACAAAUGUUGGAGGUACGGGCGCUCCUACUGAUGUUUUUCCGGAGGUGUUCUUGCAAACGAAGACAAUUCAGCAAGCCCAGGUACUGCAGGAGCUGCCAGCGUGGACACCAGCGAUGAGUGCCGAGUAUAACACGAUUCGCCAUGAGAAGGCUGCAAUAGAGCCAAUCACCGAGCAGCAAAUCCGGGUCAUGGAGGAGGACGACAGCCUGAUCGUGAAGAGGAUUCCGGCAAAAAUGGUGUUCACAAGAAAGGCGGUCAGUGGACAACGCAAAGCGAGGGCAUGCGCUUGUGGGAACUUUCUCCAGGCCGAGGAAAGCAGCAAAACAAAGCAGGAGCUCCGGGAGGAGGUAUAUGCGGCUGGUAUUGACAUUACUGUGCUACGUACCAUGCUUGCUGUGGGGGCUCGUCGUGGCUGGAAGGCUGGAACGACGGACAUCAAGGGGGCCUUCCUGAAUGCCCCGCUACUUCAGCGGACCAAAACCAAAACAGAACGCAUCAUUUUGGACCCGCCGAAAAUCCUGUCCCGAGCUGGAAUUAUCCCUCCGUAUGAAAAGUGGUUGGUGACCCGUGCAUUAUACGGAUUGGACAUUUCGCCUAAGAGCUGGGCAGUGUUUCGAAAUCAACAACUUAAUGGCCGAAGAUUUCAGAGUGGAGGAGCGUGGUACACCUGGCAGGCUUGUCGCACAGAUCAAAAUUUGUGGAGAAUUUUAUCCGAGGAUGGAAGAUUGUGCGGCCUGGUUUCCAUCUAUGUCGAUGACAUUUUGGGAGUCAUGGAAGAUGGGGUACUACAAUCGUGCUUCAGCGAUCUGUCGCAGCUCUGGGCAUGCUCUACACCGGAGUACGUGGCCCAAGGAUCUGUUCGUUUUUGCGGAUUCGAUAUAUCGGAAGGAUCUGAUGAUCGCCGUGGAUUUUUGCUCCGGCAGGAGGCGUAUAUCGACGAAAUCUUGGAACGAUUCGAGAGCGAGCAUCAAGGCAGCCUACGAACUUCCAAGGUUCCUGCGUUGAGGUAUGAUCUUCCUCAUGACAAAAAGGAGAUGGAUCCUCUGCAGGUGAAGCUGGCCCAAAAGCUGAUUGGUGAGUUAAAUUGGAUUGGAACCCGUACAAGACCCGAUAUCAUCUUUGCCAUCAGCAAGGCGGCUCAAUGCAUUACCAGGGAUGCUGUUUUGGCGGUGGAAGCAGCAACUCAAAUCUUCAAGUUCCUCAAGGCCACCAAGGAGGGCCUUCGCUAUGUGGCCAAUCCGGAUUCUUUUGGGAAGCAUCAGGAGUUAAGGGUGCCUAGAAAAGAGGCGUUGGUGGAGGUUUUUACUGAUGCCAGUCACGCUCCCGAUGCCGGACGUUCCCAAGAAUGUGUACAUGCUUUUGCUGCUGGCCAAUUAAUUGGUUGGUCGUCCAACAAGCAAACUAUGACCAGCCUCAGUACAGCAGAAAGCGAACUGUGUGCAGUGUUGGAAGGGGUAGCUUAUGGUGAGGGAACCAAAUGUGUUUUGGAAGAAAUAUUGCAGGUUCCUGUUCAGGCUGUGAUCUACUGCGAUAAUGCUGCUACGGUUGCCUUAGUCACAGGAAGCUCCAACCUUUGGCGGACCCGAGGGUUAAAGAUCAAGGCUGCAGCACUCCAGGAGCGAUUACAAUGCGAUAUUUGGCAGAUGUAUCACCUUGAUGGUGUUUACAUGACCGCAGAUUUGGGCACAAAACCCCUUACUGCGAGUAGAGUGGACGAGCUGAGGAAGCUGAUCAACAUGGGAGGGCCAACAAGCUGUCGACCUCAAGCUAGCAGACUGCAAGCGACGAAUAUGAUGAAGAUUUUGGUUUGUUUGACCAUGUUGAGUACAGUGGAUGGUGCAACAAUGGAGCAAGCGAUGACAAUGGAUGAUAUGGCGACAGUCGUCAUGUUGAACUUCGGGCAGACGGCGCUUUGGAUGGGCCUGACUGCUAUGGUGCUCAGUAUCCUCUUUUUGUGGGAAACAGCAUGGUUUUUGGCAGGAUAUCAGAGGAUUAAGGCCCGGUCCAAGGAAGACUCGUCCUCGCUACCAUCGUCUUCAGCUCCAACAUCCACUGGGAUGGAAUCAACCACGGCCACUGGGGUCGAACACAUCCACUGGGAUGACCUCGAGCACGCCCCCUGGGAUGACGCCGACUCCAUCCACUGGGAUGUCAUCGGCUCCUACGGCUUCUUCGUCGGCGCCUACGCCUCCACGCAAGGCGCCCCCAGUCCGACCACCACGUUCGGUGGAACCAGCCGGAUCCGAGGAUUAUUGGACGACACGAGGGGGAUGGCAUGUAAGGGUCCAUCGACAACCACGCAUCCAACUGUUUGA